CUUGGACACGUGUGCAGGAUGGACGGGCAGAACAAGGUGGCUGAGCUUGCAACAAAGCGGGAGAUUCUGGAGGCCGAGGUGGCCGAGCUGUCGCAGCUUCCGGUCAGUGGCGCGCCAGUUGUCUACGCGCGCAAGGGCAAGGUCUUGUUCCGCACCGCCGAUCCGCACAAACUUCGUCGGGAGAAGCGUGAUGAGUUGCAUGUUGUCGAAGCCCAGCUUGAGGCCACGUUCCACACAUGAUCGCAAGUGAUGGUGACGCUGCGUGGUUUGAGCUAGCUGGAUAUCUGCCGAUCAUCGUACCAUCUAUUUUGCCCCUCACCCCCCGAUCUGUUAGGUGAGCCUUCGCGGUGACGGAUGGGAUGGGUAGGGUUGAGCUAGAUAUGCUCGCCAUGGUCUGUACAACGUUGCUAUUGUGUCGAGAGUCGUCUCUGAUAGUUGAGCACCCCGACGCCGUGGUGUCUGCACACGAUCAUCGCCACCAAGCUCUGCCCGUGGGUCGGCUGAUGCGUUGGCGAGGAGGUACGGAUAAACAACAGUGUGUUCAUCCAGAA